AUGGAGAGUCCAAGGGUAUUGGAGCCCUUCCAGCCAUCAGAGCCCGACACGUGGGAAGACUACGUCGAACGCUUCGAGUUCUUCGCAGAGGCUCAAGGGAUCACCGAUGCCAGCAAAAGAAGGGCCACAUUCCUGAGCUACUGUGGGCCUGAGACCUUCAAGCUGGCCAAGGCAUUGCUUGCUCCAGCGAAGCUAAGUGAGACAUCUCUCAAAGAUAUUCUUGCCUGCCUAACAAGCCACUUGGCGCCUACUGACACCAAGAUGGCUCGGCGGAUGGAGUUUCAUAAGAGGCAGCAGCAUGCUGGGGAGUCUGUAUCUGCAUUUCUGGCUGAACUGCGGAAGCUCGCUCAGCACUGCGACUUCCAAAAUCUGGAAGAGACUCUCCUGGACCGGUUUAUCGGUGGUCUGAGCAGCAAGAAGGCCAGAAGACGCAUCGUGGCUAAAGAAGAGGUUACCCUUGCUUCAGCCUUGAAGGAGGCCACCGCCACAGAGAAUUAUGAAAGAGAGGAGCUUGAUGCCAGUCGCAAGGCCCCUAAGCCACAGAUAGAAGUUGCGCAUGCCAUGGACGAGCUAGAGGCUACUCCGAGCCAGAGCCCAGUCCGUGGGGUCGAGUCAGUGAGUCAGGCCUGCACAGUGCACAAAGAUCACUGAGGCAGGUGCCCAGGUUGUGGCGGAAACCAUGAGCGGAAGAGUUGUCGUUUCCGGGAUGCUAUGUGCCGGACGUGCGGGAAGACAGGUCACAUCGCCAGAGUCUGUAGAUUGGCGGCGUUGGGAGCGACAGGAGCACCUAGACCGGAGCAUCGCAGACCGCCCGCAGCAACCCAUUUUCUAAAGGACUGCCACUACGUUACAGAGAUCAACGGGAGGGUCGUGCAGUUCCCAGCACAAGGCAAGGCACACGUCAAGGUGAAGAUUGAGGGUCAGCAGUGCGACAUGGAGGUGGACUCCGGAUCUGGAUUCACUAUCGUGUCGGACCAGACCGCGAGGACAUUCUUCCCCAGGGGUAAGUUGCCCCCUCUGGAACCCUUCCCGGCAACCUUGCAGUCAUACUCAGCGGGCCGCAUCCAUGUUAUGGGAAUGUGUGCCGUGAGAGUACAGUUCCGGGACAAACAGGCUGUACUCAAACUGGUGAUUGCGAAGGGCAGUUGCCCCAGUCUCCUGGGCACUGACUGGUUCCCCGCCCUGGGACUGAGUAUAUCAGGGCUUAAUUCAAUCCAAAGCUGCCCUGAGAUGAGCGAGGCAUUAUGCAAAGAAUUUGCUGGUCUCUUUAAUGGAAAACUGGGUUGUUAUAAAGGGCCCCCAGUUGACUUCGAGUUGGACCCUGGGGUGGCCCCAAUCCGACUCAAACCAAGGCGAGUGCCAUUUGCACUGCAACGCAAGAUCGAAGCAGAGCUGGAUAAAUUGGUCAAGCAGGGAGUUCUCUCACCCGUGGACUCUGCUAAGUGGGAGACUCCAAUCGUCACGCCCCUUAAAGCAAAUGGGGAAGUCAGGAUCUGUGCAGAUUACAAAUGUACUAUCAAUAAGGCACUCAGGGGAAACUCAUACCCCAUUCCAGUCGUAUCACAUCUGUUGGCUAAACUGGCUGGGGGCAAGGUGUUCGCCAAAAUUGACCUGGCACAAGCUUACCAACAGCUGCCAGUAACCCCACAAUCAGCGGAAGCACAGACUAUUGUCACACAUAAAGGGGCGUUCAGAGUUAACAGAUUACAAUUUGGAGUUUGUGUGGCCCCAGGGAUUUUUCAAGGGCUCAUGGAACACCUGUUAAGAGGUCUGCCGGGGUCUUGCCAUUUUUUGAUGACGUUUUGAUUGCUGGAAAAGACCCACAGGAACUGGUUGCGCGUGUUCGUGCAGUGUUGCUCAAGUUCAAGGAGGUGGGGUUGCAACUGAAAAGGAAAAAUGCAGUUUUGGGGUGCCAACUGUGGAUUUCUUGGGGUUUAAAAUUGAUGCAUCAGGCAUCCACCCCACAGAUGCUAAGAUUAAGGCCAUCAUCAAGGCGCCACGACCACAGAACAAGACGGAGUUGCAGUCAUUCCUGGGACUUAUUAACUUUUAUCAUUCGUUCUUACCCCAGAAAGCUUCGGUAGCUGAACCAUUACAUAGACUGUUGCAGAAAAAGACUGUGUGGCGAUGGACGAGUUGUCCAUGCAUAAGGGUUGUCUCCUGUGGGGAGAUAGGGUCAUCAUCCCAGCACCACUGAGAAACAGGGUUCUUGAGACGCUUCACAUGGGACACCUGGGAAUGGUCAGGAUGAAGUCGCUAGCCCGAUGUUAUGUGUGGUGGCCUGGAAUGGACCAGAACAUAGAACAAUGGGUACGAACAUGCAAGGCAUGCCAAGAGGUGCGGCCAGAAGUGGCCAGAGCACCAGUCCACUGGUGGGAGCAGUCCAGAUCUCCCUGGAGCCGGCUGCACUUAGAUUUUGCUGGGCCAUUCCAAGGAAAGGUCUUUUGGUUAUCGUUGAUGCAUAUUCCAAAUGGUUAGAAGUGGCGAUGGUCCCUAGCAUGGCAUCAGCUGCCGUCAUCAAGGUGUUGAGGCAGCUGUUUGCAACCCACGGGUUACCUGAGACCAUUGUAUCAGAUAAUGGGGCAGCUUUUGUAUCCCAAGAAUUCAGGGCAUUCUUGGCUGAUAACUUCAUAAGAGGGGUCACAUCCGCGCCCUUUCACCCAUCCUCCAAUGGGCAGGCUGAGCGCAUGGUAAGAACAGCCAAAGAAUCCAUUGCGCGCUUAAUGGAGGGUAACUGGUCAGCUCGCAUCGCGCGAAUGUUAUUUUUGCAGCAUGCGACGCCGUGUACCGCAACGGGCAAGUCGCCAGCUGAGCUGCUCUUGGGUAGGAGACUGGUAACGGUGCUGGAUUAUGUCCACCCGGAUAAAAUGCCAAACCAUAAUUCAAGAGCAACCCCCCAGGCUGAGACUGACACAACAAGGUACCUCGCCCCUGAAGAUCUGGUCUGGGUGAGGAACUAUUCACGAGGUUCGCGGUGGGUGGCUGGUGUGGUCACCCGGGCUAGUGGACCUGUGUCCUAUUAUGUGACCUUGGAAAAUGGGCAAGUGUGGAAGAGACAUAUAGAUCAGCUGAGGCGCCGGGCGCUCAGCAGGGAGGAGCCAGAUAAUUCAUCCCAGGCUAACGACGCAGAGCCGCAAGACCAGAGUGAAAAUGGCCCAGAGGUGCAAUCACCAGGGGCUUUAACAAAUGAACCAGGGUCUGCUAGUCCUCACGAUGACGAGGUACAGAUAGGGGACCCUGAGAUGUCGGGGACUCCAUCUGUUCCUGACGAAACCCCUAGAGCAGCCCCUCUACCACAGGUAACACCCAAUCCAGAACCUGCAACACCUGUUGUCAGGAGAUCAAGUAGAAGUUGUAGGCCCCCACAGUACCUGAGAGAUUACGUCUGCUGUGCUCACUAG